ACAAGGCAAGGGAGUGUUACGUUGGCCGCCUCUAUACGAGCAACGAGGUAGCAAAGAGUACCAGGAUGGGUUGUUUUAAAUGAUUAUCUGGUGCAAAGCACCUGCUGCUGAUCAACAGGAUCAUACGGCGUUAAAGCCAUUCAGAAAUACAGACUCACACAGGCUUACGCGGAGUCGUACGUACGCAGAGCGACCCCAGGCAAACCAUUACAGAAGCUGCAUCCGGCGGACGUUAAACGAGCGCAGUCGUCGUAUACGUCUUAGUCACAGUAAGCAUUAGCUCGGAAUUAGCUCAGCGGCCGGAUAAAGGAAUAGUAGCUAGCUUUAGUUUAUGAAGGAUCAAGGCAGACAGAUAGGCUCAUUCCAGCCCAUGGAGACAUUCGUUAUUUUCAUGUUUCCUUAGUCGCCUCGGCCGCGGUAGGCUGAGCUAUCGACUUUAAGACGCCGGCCUGUGUCAGCCUGCUGCCCACGGCAUCAUAAUCAUACGGUUGGCAACGGUCUUUUGCUGGCAAGACUGACAAGGAUUUACGCGGCACGAGGGGGUCGCUCGGCUAAUUUACACUGUAGUUGUUUGUGUAUGAGAACGAAAAGCCAAGUUGGGAGGAAUCGCGUUAGUGUUGUUGUUAUCUUACCCGUACACUCGCAACUUGUAAUAACGAUAACGAACAAGGAGACAGACAAGAAAAUAAGGAGGACGGAGUGAUACAUGGAACAUAAUUAACAAACGGGCUAAGCGAAGACCUAUAUCCUCCCGUAAAGAAUGCUACCCGAGUAUGUAUGCGCGUAACCGUGCUUACAAAUAGGUCUAAGAACUUACUUAGUGAUCGAGCAGAAGUUGAACGAUGACGACGAGGCAGGGUUCUGUCGUGCUUUUGCUAGCCGCUGGCGUCUGGGCUUCGUUGGUGAGCUCGCUUAGCAAUGCGUACCCCCUAUUUGAUAGAACCACUCCAACAGAGGAGAGAAACGGUACUGUGACCCUGGAUGCCAACGAUUUUCAUCGACUGAUAAACACGCUAGUUGAUACUGUGGAAUAUUUGAAACGAUCAGGAACAAAAUGUUGCCAAGGCUGCCAGCCACAGCCACUGAUGAUACCAUGGAUGGCUGUUCCGUUGUUGCCUAUGAAUCAGCCCUGGUACGCGGUUCAGUCGUACAACAGUGAAUUUAAUGGACUAUCUUAUGUUGCUUAUCCACCAAUUUCCCCACAGUUUGCCUUCAGUGCACAAAAUGGGACGCUAUACAGUUCGAAAGGACGUUGGGUUUAUCCCUGGCCUCAGAGACUCUGUCCAUGCCAGGGGUCAACUCAACAACAGUCUGUUACUUACAGUCCACUUCUUCGGGUAAUGCCUUAUCCCGAAGCCGUUCAGCAGGCUACGCAUAUCCAGGGCAUAGAUGUAGGACAAGAUCGAGCUGUACAAGGAAAAGUAGAUUUAGUUAUUGGCACGAAUGCUACGUCUGCUCCGCCAACUCCAUAUGAUAUCUUACACGUAACUACAUAUGAACCUGGGGCUGCUAUACCGACGGACAUUGCGUUUACCAAAAUCGUCGAAACGACUAUGUUACCCCACUCAGAGCCUACCGGUCUUGAAUAUGAUGUCGAAACGGCAGAAUCAAUUGACGUAACUAAGAAUGUACAAAACAACAACCAAAUAGAUAUGUCUAGUAUAGGUGCAUCGACCUGGAGACAACAAACUGACCUGGGCAGUACCACCGAAUCUAGUUUUAUGGUCCUAUCCGAGCAUCCUGAAACCGAAUCGCCUGCUACAGAGCACGUUAUUUUUAGCGAAUCCUUUGCUUCGAAAGGGAUUACUCAAAAUGAAUUUCUAGUGGCUUAUACAAAGCCGCCGGUUGAAUCAUUUACGGCGGUAAUCUAUGAAACGACAACACCAUCACAACUAGUUUAUACGGAAAGUUUGUCGUUGGUUAACAUCGAAGAAGCCAGCGAACAGCUUCUUUACACAGAAACCCAGCCACAACCUGCUUCGACGGAGCGUGUUGAAGUGCUAACCGUUACCGAAGCUAUAUUCACUGUACCAUCUGAAGAAACCAUUUCAAGCGAAACUGAUGUGUAUACCACGGUAGCUGGAUACGAAGCGGCUGAAUCCACUGAAAUGACCAUUUUCGAUGGGAUUCAUUGGACAGCCACGAGUGAAAAAUCUCAGAAUGAAAAUGCUUAUAUCGUCGCUAUAUCCGAAGCUUCUUCUAGAAUUUCAAAACCACAAGUAAUUGCAAUUGCAGAGCGACCUCGUUUUUCCACAGAGAUGAUCGACGCCGAAGUGCAGUACUCUGGGCCUACGACGGAACUGUACGAAAUGGAAACUUCUCAAAUUCAGAUUGCCAUGCUAUCGACGACUCCUCCACCUGCUGCGCCGCUUGCGACUGAAGUCUUUCACGGUGAAACCGAAGUAUACGAAUAUAAGGUAGAAGCUACUGAACCACGGAUCACAGAAAAGGAUCAUACCGUAGUGCUAUACACGGAUUCAGUGACGGACGUGCUUGACAUGAAGACUAUCCAUGGUACUAUCCCGAUAGAACGUACCACCAAGCUACCGCCUAUGGAUGCCUUAACAGAAAUAGUCGACAAAGAGGCUGAAGUAUAUGCGACGACCACGACGAAAAUAUUCGUAACGACCACUGAACAACCUGAAACAUUGCUCACCGAAGUUGUCACCGCGACAUACACAACAGAUGUUCUGAGGACCGUGAUGGACCUCGUACAACCCGUAGAAGUAACAACCGGCAUCACUCCAGAGCAACUAAGUGAGGUGUUUAGCACGGAAUGGACCGUAACGGAAUCUAACACGGAGUUCAUACACAGCUCGGAGGCUCAUAUGAAAAACGUGAUAGAGCACAUAAAACUGUAUCGAGAAACAGCACAACUGGACGCUGAGGAAACGCCUACAGCUUCAAGAACGGAUGAUGAAGCCAAAUACUUCACAACGUCAUCAAUAGCGCUGGAAGAAAUCACCACCGAAGCAGCCGUGGAAGCGCUGCCCUCAACGAAUAUCGUAUCUGAAAUGGUCGCUACAGAGGUGAUCUUUACCGUCACGUCGGAAAUACCUUCUGCGGCCGACAGUGCAGAUACGGUUGAAGUCACAGAAGUGGGCGAAAAGCUGGCUAGCGUGAUGGUUUCUACAACAAGCGGCCCCAAAGUCAGUACCGCCGACAUCGAAAUCGAGAGCGACCAUUCGGUCUCCACAGAAAUUGUAACAGCAGAAACUGUUGCGUCUGUACCUCUGUGGUUGAAUAGGACAUCAGUCAGACACCCGAUGCGGAACAACAUAGUCCCUGUUGAGCUAAUGCUCACAGCAUCCGAAACGCCAAAGACAGACGCGGAUAGAUUGCAAUUGAUAGGUGCAUCAUUUAGUUCGGAUAAUAUAUCCAAUACGGUUGAGUCUUUCGGAUAUGAUACGGUGCCGCACUACUCGGUAGUUCGGGCUCUUAUAACACCGUCACCGCAAUCACAGUUCGUCAUUUGGAGUCCCGCUAGUUCCGUUCAGCCCAUUCAGGACCUCACAUGGACUGAUGAUAUCUCACGGUUCACCAUUGGAGCCACUCUGACUAAGCCAUUAUCAUCAUACAGUUCUGGUUCUCGGGAGUUACUUAGAACGUAUACUGUGCCGGCCGAACCGAUGACACUUUUGUCAGAGCAGUGGACGCCUUCUGGAGAGAUCCACGCCUCAUAUGCUCAGACUAUUCCAGGGGAGUCCGUUUCCGAUGAUAGUGAAAGUAACGUGUCGCAAGACGAAGUUAACAUUGAUCUUGCCUAUCCUAACCAUAUACGACAAGGGGUAAGCCCCCCCAUGGACAACUUUGCCAGUGUGGAGGAAGUUACUUUUAUUCCGUAUAUAGAGAAACAGAGCUGGCAUCAGUAUCCUGUUCAAAGAGAACCCUCCUCAAUUCCAGUAGAAACGGUGAAUUUCGACCCAAUCGACAUGAGAACCCCGCCUGAGGCUCCAACUGAGACCCGUACAUUGGAGAUGGACAUAGUUCAUCCGAAAGAAGUGGCGUAUACUCCAAGUCCUCAGGCAGAUGCCACGGAUUAUGAAAUCGAGAGGGAAACAAUUGAGAACAAAAAGCUACAGACUGUUCCGGCGUACAUCGAAGUCGAUCUACCUGGAGCUGUUUCUUCGACUGAUUUCAUAAAUAUUAAUAGUUCUGAUGCUGAUCGAACAGAACUUGAAGCACCUGUUCGCCACGCUUACUCUGAGUCUGUAGUUGGAGAAGACUUCACGGCUACGAGUAUGCCAUUUGUCAGUGCAGUUACAACAGCUAAUAAUAACCUCGGCAUCGAAGCAAGCACCGUAGCAGAGAUGUCAACUGAGGUAGCUAACGUUGACGAGCUCUUUAGCACUAAACAUGUGGAAGUUUACUCUGUUGACACGACGCCAGAAUCAUUUGCAGCUGUCGGAAUCACAGAGACGCAGACGGUUCCAACGAGAUAUGGAAGAGAAACAAGUAGCGCUCUAACCUCCAUCGAAGUGUUUGAUACUGAUAUGAUAAGUAGGUUAAACUUAAGCAAAGUAACACCAAACGAGUCCAUUGCAGGUUUUCCUACUGUUACGGUGACAACGGACUGGGUGGACGCAGGUUCUACCGAUAAGCUGGAAAAUUCUACCAAAAACAUUAGUCAGAAGUCAUCAACAGAGGUCGUUCAGGCUGAUGCAAUAGUUUCUGCCCCGUUCUCCACCAUUGAAGAAAUGCCUCUUUCUACAGCCGAAGAUGCAGUGAUGCAUUUAAGGAGCCACUUCUACGCUGAAAAUUUGCAAAGGUCCGCAGAAGAUCUGAAAGAGGGAAAAACCAUUGAUACUUUAGAACUAGAUAAUAGUAACCAAUUUGACGAUUUAGAUGUAAGAUCUGCUGAAGAAGUAGAUACAUCAACGGAAGUUACCACAAAAGCCCACUCAGUCACGGUGAGUCCCUUCGCAAUAGCAGACAGCGUCAAUCAAUCAUUUGAUUUUUCUCUAGGCCAAGUACCGGAGAGUAGUCCUAGUCCAGAUUGGCUAACAGCAUUUAUCACUGUUAUGAGGACAACCACUCCGGCAACUGAGGCUUCAAGCCUAGAACAGAUCAGUUAUCGAACACCGACAGCAAACAAAGAUUUGACCCAAGUGAUGAAUGAUUAUGAUUAUGAGGAUCAAACCGUUGAUAAUUCAUCUACAAUGGAUUUCACUACAACAGAUUCGUCGGAAACUGAGGAAUCUUUAUGGCAUAUGGAAAGUUACGAAGACUAUAUGCAGCCAAUCGCAAUGGUAACACUCGAAUCGAGCGCUAGAGAUGAAAGUUCCGAAGUUCGAGUAGCUUCAACUGACAAAGCGUACCUUACGUAUGAGCAAAACUAUCCGGCCAAGAUAGAAAAGAACACAAGUGAGAACAGCAAUACUGUUACUGCCAAAAUUGUAGUCACCCCUGAAGUAAAAGAGAUCCCCGAGCCAGCUGUGCCUACAGAUCAAAGAGAUUCUUUAGCAGCAUACACCAUGCCUACGAACACAAAACUUACUCCCCGAGGAAUACCUGUCGAUAGCAAGACUGAAACACCCAUUCCAACAAGCAAUGGCAUGGCAAUAGUUGAUGAGACAGAGGUAAUCAGUACAAGUGAAGACAGGCCAAGCAGUUCUACGCAGUUUCCGAUAUAUCUAGGAGCAGAGUAUGCGAGUACAACAAUGUUCCCCGAAAAAGCCUCAGAUCAAGGUACCAUCGCAUCUAUAGAUAUGAAUUACAGUGGACGAGAUCGGACGGAGGCUGAAUAUUCGGGACAAACAAUAUCAAGUGAACUGCAUGGUUCAAGAGAUAUUCGUACUGAAAGUACAAUGACAGAAUUCGGUGAGGUCGACUACAGAGGGUUUACCGAUAAACCCGAUGAGUCGUUCGCUUUUAGCUCUGCGCUGCAGCCUACACAUAAGACACAAUCGGAUACCACCGUGAAGGCCAGCUCUUCGUCAGACGUUGAGUUCCUUUUGGACGGGAUCGGCUCACCUCAACCAAGAAGCUCGAUCGAAGAAACACGACCAAAGGAACAGGAAAGUCUACCUGCAAAGAUUGAUUACUCAGACGAGAAAGAGCCACUCGCUUCAAAUACGGUAGCGACUGAGAUAGUGCCAAAAAUAACUGAUAGAGUUCAGUCGCAACCUUCGUACAUUGAAGCUGAAAACACGUUGACCUUAACGGAUUCUUCUAUUCAUCAAGAAGAAUGGGUGAAGUCACAUCGAAUAACGACGAGCACUUGGCAAGAAUCAACAUCCGCUAAAAAUAUACCUUUUGAGUCCUUUACAAGCAUCACGGAGUCAACUGCAUUAACUGAUGGCGUGCCUACCUUAGAUAUGUUCCUACCAAUGAGUGAUCACAAAAUAGGAGUUAGCAGCGAAUUGCAAACACUAAGACCCAAGCUUAUAGAAUUAAAGCCAACGACUGGUACUAUCAAUAGAUCAGAGUGGCCACUCCUCGGCGCCGUUACUGCGCAGUCAAGUGUCGAGGUCGAUAAUGAGUUCUAUCAAACAUCAAGCGAAUCGCUCUACGGAUUAGAACUGCGUGACAGACCGUCAGAUGUCGAUCGCAGCGCUCUCUCCACGGAUUCAAGCGCGCAAUCUCCCUUAUACGACGUAAUAACGGAAGUAACUCAAAUUUAUAAAAAUACUUCCUUAAGAAAUACUAGCACCGAAAAUGAGCAGCAGGCUAUUGAGGAACGCCAAGCGCAGCUUGCAACUUCGUUGAAUAUUAACCAAGAAAUGUACGAGGUUACAUCAAAUGGAAUUGGAAUAGAUGGUGCUGAUAGCACCGUCAUCGGUGAUUCGUCAACGAACCCGCCCCACAAUAGAUAUAUGUCGUCAAGUUCAGUCCAAUCUUAUGGAUCUAACGACGAUAUGGGGCUUCCAGAGCGAGAUGGUAAAUUACCAAUAGAAAAUGCGGACUAUGCUAUCUCGAUGACUGGCUUGCCUAGGCUUGAAAAUGCCGUGCUCUAUAGGUCGACAACUGGGCCUGUGCAGCGAGCAGAUCGUAAGUUAGUAAUUUCAAACAUCAAGCCCAGUACUUCGUUAACACUACAAAGGUCUGUAGAGGAAAAUACCCCAGACGCGGCGUUGCAGAUAGCCCAGGUCGAGCCUGCUACAGUUGAGCCAUUUGGUUCAGAUGAUGAUGUUACCCUACCAAUUCUUUCAAACGGAUUUUAUGACGCUGCCAAUUAUCCGCUGCCUCGCCGCGAAAACUUUUACACCACCGAAGGCCUUCCACUGCCCAAAACAGACUUAGCAACGGGUGCAGGGCUCAACAACGAGGCUAUAGUACCUGACAGACGAACCAUAACGCCUUUCGUAUCAAAAUCAGUUGAAGAAAGCAAUACGUUACCGCCUACUGAAGUGGCUUUCGAUGAACGGAUAGAAGAAGGCAAACAAUGGUCUCGGUACCAAGACAGGCCAAUAAGAGAACCCGACGAAGCGAGACUCGGUCUGAUUGAAUCUGUCGUCGAAGCUAGUCCUCAGAACAAAGUUCUUCUUCGGGGUGCAGCUCCAAACAGUUGGCCACAGGAGUAUUCCAGUACUGUUGCCCCAGACACGGAUUCCAGAAGGGAAUCAGCUGAAGAGUUCCUAGAGUAUGACUUAGAUGGAGAAGGUAAAAAUAGUACGCCACAAAAUAACGACAAGGCAAAAAUUGUCAUCGAGCAGUCCGUUCACCUUCCAGCAGUCAAAAUGUUUGACGUGAUUAUCCCGCCCGUACAGACUGUCUCAUCACUGAGGCAAAGCGGAGUUACAGUCUCUUCCGGAAAACCAGUGCCUCGUCAACAUUGGCAGUCUGCCAAGAACGAAAUUUUGCGUCACCUUAGCGAACUCGACGAGCAUGUACGAUUAGGACAAGCUAACAUAACUGGUGAAACUUCACGUCUUGCUGCACACAUGCUACGGAGGCACCUAGCCAAUAUGUCAGAUACGUUACAGAAUUCUGCUAUUCCGCCAAGGCUCCACACGGACAACGAACGACAAAAACAAUUUGAUACAAUCUAUAGCAACCUCUCCCUCAGCAUUCAAGGCUUGAAUCUAACGUCCAAUGACGCUGAACGCGCCGAGCGUCUCGUCGCCAGUGCUCGAGCUUCGAUUCAGCUUGCUCGAGAGCUCAUCUUAAUCUUGGCCGACGGUUCCAACGACGCUGAAUCUAGGAUCGUAAUUGAGCAAAUUUUAUCUUAUGCACGUUUGAUGUUACUUGAAGUCAUUAACAGCAUACGCGCGUCUUCGGAUAAGUCCGCACUAGGUUUAGGACACGCCGAUCUCCUUAGUUGGGAGUGGCUCCUUGGUCGAACAUCCCGACGUCAAUACGUGUUCUCUCGUGUAUUUUCAGCAAAACCACACAUUUUCGACGCGCAAAUUUACCGCUCCGCGAAUCAGUAACAUCACAGACGCUAUAGGCAGCGUACUAGGCAUGAUAUGAUUACUUGGUCAGGGGCCAGACAAUCCUAUAGACGUUACCAUGUUACUGCUAAUUUAAGACAACUACGAAAUCAUUCGAGAUGGACGCAGAAUUAGCACGAAAGAUGUUAUGGCGCUGUAUAGAGAAAAUACGUAAAUGAAUACCUGAAGCUGUUAUAUAUUAGAUGAUAGAAAAGCUUUCAUAGCGGCGACUGGAUAGAUUGACGAUUAAUAAACACAUAUAUUUCGUCAAUUACA